AUGGCAGCCCUCCACGAUGCUCUCAAAACCCUGGGGCCCCUCGAGUUCUCGGAAGCACCACUGGACAACCUGAAACCCUUCCUUUUUGAAGCCUUUAGCAAUGGCCAGCUAAUAGUAGACUCUGUGCCUAUUCCGCCGCCCCCCGAGAAUUUAAUUACCUUCGAUGGCCGUUCUCGCUGUUCCUCAACGGCAUCUUCGGCUGCAGAAAUUAAACCCUCCUCUGCGCGCUCAACUCCUCCUCCGUCGAGUGUGCAGUCGUUGCAAAAUGAAUGGAAGAGUGUGAAAUUGAAUGCUAAGGAUAAUCCGUUGGGAAUGAGUGUAUAUAAGCUCGGCGGGAAGGACGGGAAGGGUUGCUGGUUUGCCAGACGAAGUGUCCACGAGGGCUUGGGGUUUACAAAGUGGAGGAAGGCUGUGGAGAGGGAGUUUCCUGAAAGCAUGAAGGUUCAAGGUGGGCCAGGAGAAGGGAAUAUUAGGGGGAUUGGUGGUGAAAAGAGAGUCGCUUAUAAAAACCUUCCGGGGGUGGGGAAGAUGGGAGUAUACCUCCUAUCUGCACAAUUUCCUGGGCCGACGACGCCGAGAGAUUUUGUUACUAUGUUUCUGACUUCAGACCAGACGGUGGUAGACGAAUCUGGAGAAGUCCUAAGACAAUUCAUGGUUAUUUCAAAGCCGUGUAUUCAUCCGGAUACUCCACCACGGGAUGGAUAUAUAAGGGGUCAAUACGAGUCGGUCGAGUUUAUCAGAGAAGUUCCCAUCAAGAAAGGGCGUAAGAAGUCAGCUUCUACGGCCAAUCUUUUAAACCCAGGAAAUCAUUCGAAAGACGCGCAUAUCUCAAAUCUAGGCAGAGAAGCAAUGCUGCGAAAUGUUAAAAGGAGCAAUUCAUCUCUGGCUGAUGCCGCAAGUGAUCAAGCGGUAUCUGAGACAGACCUCGGAAUUGAAGGUCGCGCUCGUGGGAAGACAAUAUCUUACGACCGGUCAAGAAGUUCUGAUCCAAAAGGAGAUAAUAUCGAUGAGGGUGAAAAGGAAGAGGAGAUCGAUGGUAACCCAGUAGAAUGGAUCAUGGUAACAAGGAGCGAUCCUGGAGGCAGCGUUCCACGGUUUAUGAUUGAACGAGGAACUCCCAGUGCAAUCGUAGCGGAUGCUAGCAAGCUUCUGGAUUGGGCCUGUGCCAAAAACCUGGAGGAUUUUGAGGACGAGGACGUAUCUGAAGAUGAGACUGGUGAGGAAUCCGAAAACCAUGAACAUAAACACCAUCAUGAAAAUGAUGUGCAUGAUUGGCAGAUGAAUGGUCACUUGGCUGGUAUACAAGAGGCACCUACGCCAAUGGAGGAGAAAGAUGCAAACCAACCGAACGCCAAUGGGGGAAUAUAUGGCGUCGUGGCGGGAGUAGCUGGAGCAGCAAGCGGAUUCCUCAGUUCCCAUGCCCCCCAAGUCAUCCAAGACCACCUCCCAACCUCCGUUAAUCAGUCUGAAGAAAGCACCCCGGAAAUACCACCCCACAGAGCCUCCAUAUCCACUAUCGGCAGCGACUCAUCAGUGGGUACCUUCGCUUCGGCCCUCGAAAGACGCGAAACUGAAGGGGGAAACGAAGCCGCCUCAAUACAGACGAACGACUCCCAAGCUAGUCCAGGAUCCAUAUCUACUCAUAGCAAAGAACUGGCAAGGCUCGAGGAGAAGAAGCGCAAACUCGACGAAAAGCUUACCAAAACUCGCGAGAGAGAACUCAGCAAGAAGAGCGAAGAUAGCGCCAAAGAAGAAGAAGCCAUUCGCAGAGCCACUGAACGCCAUGAGCGCGAAAUCAAAAAGCAAGAAGCGAAGUACAGAAGGGAAGUGGAGAAACUAGAAGAGAGGAAGGAGAGAGAGAGGAGAAAGGUAGAGGAGAAGAAACGCAAGAUUAUAGAAAAAGAUGAACGUUUGAGGUUGACGAGGGAGCUGGAAGAACACAAGGCGGAACUUAAUCUCCUGAGAAAGGAGAAUGAUAUCCUCAGGACUCAGGUUGGUGAGCUGCAGGCGGAGAAUACAGCACUUGCGGCCAAGUUGGGGAGGUUUGGUAUGCAGGGCGACGACCUGAUGAGGGAGGUUAAGCAGGAGGUGGGGAAAGGGGGGAGAUUGAGGGCCAGUAGCCUAAAGAGCACGGGGAGGACGAACAGCUUUGCGACGAAGAGUGCGGGUAGUAGUGAUAAGGAGAAAGAGAGUUUGAGGAAGGGCGCGUAA